AUGGUUGCCCGGGCCCCCCCGGCUGCGGCGGCAGAUGCGGGGUCGGUUGAAUUGGUGGUGGUCUUAUUGGUUGGGUCGGUGGCGGUAUCACCGGUUGAACGGGCGGUGGCCGUACCGGUUGGGCUCGUGUUCAGGAACGAAGCAACUUUUUUGCCAUAUUACCUUCCCUGCCCGGAUCUCUUCACUAUGCAAUUACAGUACAGAGAGGAAAAGGCACUUCCACCGUUUCCACAGUUAUUUUAUCCUCAGCCAAAAGCUCUGCACCAAAUGCGAACUGAUGUGCUCACACUGACCGCUUGGCUGGCCCCUAUCGUCUGGGAAGGGACGUUCAACUCAGACCUGCUGGACAGCAUUUACAAGCCUUUGAACCUCACCAUCGGAGUGACUGCUUUUGCCGUUGGAAAGUAUACACAAUUUGUGGGCCGCUUCUUGGACUCUGCAGAAAAGCACUUCAUGGUGGGCUACUGCGUGAAUUACUACAUCUUCACUGACAAUCCUCAAGGAAUCCCCUUUGUUCAGCUUCAGUCUGGACGAACCCUCAGCCUUGUCCCCAUCAAAAAAUACAAACACUGGCAAGAGAUCUCCAUGCGGCGGAUGGAGGCAAUAAACCUCCACAUCUCGGAGAGCAUCCAUGAUGUGGAUUACCUCUUCUGCUUGGACAUUGACAUGGAGUUCCAUAAUUCGUGGGGCACAGAAACAUUGGGGGAGCUGGUAGCAGCAAUUCAUCCAGGCUACUACAACGUCCGAAGUCGGGAGGAGCUUCCUUAUGAGAGGAGAAAGACUUCUGCAGCCUACAUCGCUAGUGAACAGGGGGACUUCUACUACGGUGGGGCUGUCUUUGGUGGCUUAGUCAAGAAUGUGUAUGAGUUUACCAGGGCUUGCCACAUGGCCAUACUGGCUGACAAGGCCAAUGGUAUCAUGGCUGCCUGGCAGGAAGAGAGCCAUCUGAACAGGUACUUCCUCUCCCUUAAACCUUCAAAGAUACUCUCGCCAGAGUACCUCUGGGAUGACCGAAAGCCAAAGCCUCCAGAGAUGAGGCUCGUCCGGUUCUCAACAGUGUCUAAGAAUUACAAGGAGUUAAGGGACUAGUUGAGUUCAGAUUGGAUCUGGGCCUCUGGCUGUGGAGGGGAGGCAAAUUCUUAGGGAAUGCCUUG